AUGGCCGACAUAGCCAACAUGGCAGCCGCAUCCAACGUCAGCCUCCCCUCGCCCCUCGCCAAUGCGAAGCACGCCGACAUCUUGAGUAAUCCCCAGGUCAGCGGCGUCCUGAACCAGCUCUCCGAGCUCAACGGAUGGGUGGUGGCGGUCACGCUUCUCCUGGUCUUAGUCGCGUACGACCAAUUCAGUUACAUAUGGCAAAAAGGAUCGAUCGUGGGCCCCUCGUGGAAGGCGCCUUUCAUCGGCCCCUUUCUCCAGUCCGUGAACCCCAAGUUCGAAGAAUACAAGGGAAAAUGGGACAGCGGUGAGCUCAGUUGUGUCUCGGUCUUCCACAAGUUCGUCGUUAUUGCAUCUACUCGCGAUAUGUCGCGGAAAGUCUUCAACUCGCCCGCGUUCGUGAAGCCGUGCGUGGUGGAUGCUGCACAUAAGCUUCUGGGCGCAAAUAACUGGGUCUUCUUGGACGGCAAGGCGCACGUCGAUUUCCGCAAAGGUCUCAAUGGCCUGUUCACCCGCAAAGCACUCGGAACGUAUCUACCAGGCCAGGAGGAGGUCACCAAAGAGUACUUGGACCGGUUUCUGCAGGUUACCAAGGAUGCGGGCGGCAAACCAGUGCCAUUCAUGCCGGAAUUCCGAGAGCUAAUGUGCGCUGUGUCUUGCCGAACGUUUGUUGGCCAUUACACUUCCGACGAGGCUGUCAAGAAAAUCGCCGAUGACUACUACAAUAUUACCGCGGCUUUGGAGCUCGUCAACUUCCCCAUCAUUAUCCCAUUUACCAAGACGUGGUACGGCAAGAAAGCUGCUGAGUUGGUCUUGGAGGAGUUUGCAAGGUGUGCCGCGAAGAGCAAGGUCCGUAUGGCAGCUGGAGGUGAAAUCACUUGUAUUAUGGAUGGCUGGGUGAAGCAAAUGCUGGAUUCUGCCAAAUACCGCGAACAUCAAGCCAAGGGUCUCCCUAUGGAGGACAUCGAGAAACCGUCACAUCUGCUUCGCGACUUCACGGACUAUGAAAUCUCCCAAACCCUCUUCACCUUCCUAUUCGCCUCUCAAGAUGCUACCAGCAGUGCCUGCACCUGGUUGUUCCAAACGAUGGCCCAGCGACCCGAUGUUCUCGACAGGAUUCGUGAGGAGAAUUUGCGCGUGAGAGACGGUGACAGGACGAGGCCAAUAAGCAUGGACAUGCUCGAUCAAAUGGUUUAUACUCGCGCCGCGGUGAGAGAGCUACUUAGAUAUCGUCCUCCAGUCAUCAUGGUCCCCUACAUGGCCAAGAAGCCCUUCCCAAUCACCGACACCUACACCGUUCCUAAAGGCGCCAUGGUCAUUCCAUCAGUAUACCCCGCUCUUCGUGAUCCUGAUGUGUACGAAAAUCCUGACCACUACGAUCCUGAACGUUACUACACUGGUGAUGCCGAGGUUAAGGGCGCCAAGAACUUCCUCGUCUUCGGAACCGGAGCGCAUUAUUGCCUUGGCCAGAUUUACGCGCAAAACAAUCUGGCUCUUUUGAUCGGAAAAGCGUCGAUGCACCUGGAUUGGGUUCACCACGCCACACCCCUAUCGGAGGAGAUCAAGGUGUUCGCAACUAUUUUCCCAAUGGACGAUUGCCCGUUGACUUUCUCAAAGCGAGACUAA